ACAUCAGUGUGUGUGUUUGUGUCAGAAUGCCGGAGUUUGAUGUGAUCGUUCUGGGAACUGGACUGAAGGAAUGUAUUUUAUCUGGUCUGAUGUCUGUAAACGGCAAGAAGGUCCUACACAUUGACUGUAACUCGUUUUAUGGUGGCGAGAGCGCGUCUAUUUCCCCUCUGGAAGAGCUGUAUAAGAGGUUUCAGGUUUCCACUCCGUCUAAAUCGAUGGGACGCGGGAAAGACUGGAAUGUGGAUCUGAUUCCCAAAUUCUUUCUUGCCAACGGUCAGCUGGUGAAAAUGUUGCUGUACACAGAAGUCACCAGAUAUUUGGACUUUAAAGUGGUUGAAGGAAGUUUUGUGUACAAAGGCGGCAAAAUUCACAAAGUUCCCUGCACUGAUGCUGAAACUCAGACUUCAGAUCUGAUGGGGAUGUUUGACAAGCGCAGAUUCCGCAAGUUCAUGACAUUCAUCCUGAAUUUCGAGGAGAAUGAUCCGCGGACGCAUCACGACAUGGACCCGCACAGAACCAGCAUGAAGGACGUGUUUCGACACUUUGACCUGGGCACUGAUGUCAUCGAGUUCACAGGUCACACGCUGGCCCUACACGUCAAUGAUGAUUAUCUGGAGCAGCCGUGUCUGAUGACCAUCAACCGUAUCAAGCUGUACUCAGAGUCUCUGGCACGAUACACCAUCAGCCCGUAUCUCUACCCCAUCUUCGGUCUGGGCGAGCUGCCGCAGGGCUUCGUCAGACUCAGUGCCGUACAUGGGAACAGCUACAUGCUGAACAGACACGUCGAUGACAUCAUAAUGGAGGGAGGGCGAGUGGCGGCGGUACGAUCCGAGGGAGAGGUGUUUCGCUGUAAGCAGCUGAUCUGUGACCCGAGUUACAUGCCCGGCCGCGUCAAGAAAGUGGGGCGGGUCAUACGAGUCAUCUGUUUACUGAAUCAUCCAAUCAAAAACACCCACGAUGUCAACUCAUGUCAAAUCAUCAUACCGCAAACACACCUGAACAGAAAGUCAGAUAUCUACGUGUGUAUGGUGUCAUACUGUCAUAAUGUGGCAGCGGAAGGGAAGUAUAUUGCUGUCGUGAGCACAAUGGUGGAAACCAGUAACCCAGAGAAGGAAGUUCAGCCUGGUUUAGCCCUCCUGGAGCCCAUCAUGGAGAAGUUUGUGUCGGUCAGUAAUCUGAUGGUCCCUACAGACGACGGUCGCAGGAGUCAGAUCUUCAUCUCACGCUCGUACGAUCCCACAACACACUUCGAGACGGAGACCGAUGACAUCAUGGAUCUGCACCGCCGCAUCACAGGGUCAGAGUUCAUCUUCAGGGACCCCAGAGACUGUGACGUCGACUCCGACGAGUAGAAAUCCACGACAAACCCUAAACACACAUAAAUCACUGUCAGAGUAUGUACUGUAUUUGAUGAAGAACGCACUUCUCGGCUGAUACUAAAGUUCUUUUAGGUGUGCAUGUAUGUAGUAUGAUCAGAUUCCGGACAUACUUCAUCCGGGAACAUGGACAUGGAACCGUGACCCGGAUAUAUGAAAUAACAAGAAUAAUAAUCUACUCUGGUUUUGUUAAACAACAUUCUUAGUAUAUUUACCACAUUCAUUGAAAAGAGUCGCUCAACCUUCGAUUCACCGCCAGUUAUUCGUGCUGGAGGUCGUCUUUAAUGUUUUAUUGAUGAUUUAGACAUACAGCUCCAUUGACAAUCUUUUAGGCAUUAGUAUAGUAUCGAUCGCUUCCCUUCUAUGUCACUUGACCUUCAAGAGCACGUGUUCGUUCUCACCCAUGUGAAAUUAAACAUUCUUUUACCCAUCAACUCAAAUGAACAUCAAUAUAAAAGUAAUGGCCAAAGAUAUGAUGAAACAAUACAAUUAAUCUUAAGAAUAUAUCCUUUCGGCCAGAAUACAAUAUAUUCACUAAUCAUGAUGGGCAUUUCAGAGCUGCCACUGACAGUUUAGUGUUAUUUGUGAUGUUUGUGUGGUAGAGAACUGAAUUCAAUAAAGAAC